AUGCACAGCAUCUCCAGUAAUAAGAUUUUGCUUAUUUUGACUUACACAGGGUUGUUUGGUUACAGAACUAUAACGAUAGACUUUACUGGAAAGAUUAUUUAUCGUUCAGAAAAGCUUAGCAGUAAUCUACAGAUUACUCAAUACAGUUCUCAAACUGUUGUAUUUGAUACAAUCCGUAAAGCAAUAAUUUCUACAGUGACAACACUGGAUGCAGUAAAUGCUAGAACAACGGCAUCGCUUCGAACGAAUCCGACAUUACGCUACAACAAAAACAACGGGAACAGUAGUGCUUCCUCGUCAACAGCGUUUUGUGUGGCAUUACCAGCUACAAUCACAAAGAAAGCGAUCAAACGGACCGCAAAAAGGCUGGACGAAACUGGAAAAAAGGCACGAAUUCUGGAAAAUACAAUAAACAGUAUAACACAACGAAAACGACAUCGCUCUAUUUUUCACUCAGUGGAACAGUUAGCUCAAUCUGGGUGA